UGAGCCUGUUCUUCCGGUGCUGCGGUGGUGGUGGUUUUUUAAGAGAGAAACCGUGUCACGAAGAUCAACUUCGUAUGUGCCGUGUAAUUGUUUCCACCGGUUUUCGAAACUCAAUUGCACCCACCACACCCACUCACCGCUCAAAAAACUUGCGAAAUGUCUGACCAAGAAGUUAUUCCAGACGGAUGGGAAAAACGAGUCAGCCGGUCAAGUGGCCAAGCCUACUAUCUGAACCUGUUCACAAAAGAGAGCCAGUGGCACUGCCCCACGAAGCCGGCGGAACGGUCAUCAGGUGGUGGGCCUCAAACCAUCCAAGCGAGCCACAUUCUCGUCAAACAUCGCGAUUCUCGACGACCCUCGUCCUGGCGGGAUGAUAACAUUACUCGAACCAAGGAGGAAGCACUCGACAUUUUGGCCGGAUAUCGAGAUUCCAUCAAAAGCGGGGACGUUUCCUUUGCUGAACUUGCCACGAAAUAUUCCGACUGUUCAUCUGCCAAACGAGGCGGAGAUUUGGGUCCCUUUGGACGAGGAGCGAUGCAGAAGCCCUUCGAAGAUGCAACUUUCGCACUCAAAGUUGGAGAGAUGUCGGACAUUGUGGAGACGGACAGCGGAGUUCAUCUCAUUUUGAGAACAGACUUUUCUUAAGAACCCACAACGCAGCUAAGUACGUAAGAACUGUUGGAAGAGAAUCAAUCCACUGAUCUAACGAUGAACGAGUUACUUAAUUGUAUAAAUGUAAUUUUGGACUAUUCUCGACUUGAGAACUGUCUUUUAUUGUAUUAUGACCAUAAUCCCGUUAAUGAUGUGUUGAGAUUUAAAACAUGUUUUUAAGCUUAACUCGUUUUUUCUAUUUUUGCGAUGUUCCAUUUACUUACUAUAGUUGCCCGCAAUUAUAACGCGUGAUUAUGUGAUCAGUUCAAGAAAUAAAGUAGCAUGUGUGUCUAUGUACAUAA